GGUUCACAUCAGAGUGGUGAAUAAAGUAAUUUGCCCAAUCAUUUGCGAGCGUUCGAUCUGGUUGGUCGCUUGAUUCCCUAAGCCGCAUAAAUGUUCCAAUUAUCCCCCAAUUAAAGUUAACGAUGGAGCUGAGCACUUGUGAACUAGAUGCGCAGUUGCUCGAGCGUUUCAGUGCUUUGGGCACGAGAGAUAAGGAGGAGCUGGUGAAUCAGCUAAAAGCAGUGGUUGAGACUGAUAUUUCCACGGAUUCUUGCAGGUUUUUCUUGGAGCUGUCUGACUGGUGGGAUGUUCGUCACUAAGAGGCAUUGCAUAAUUUUUUGCAGGAACAUACAACGUGCAGUGGGUGCCUACUUUGAUUUCAGCUUUGAAAAUUCACCACCGUGCUUCUCAGGCAUGGUCAACAACAGUACCACCAUGACCCUAGCCACGCCUUCCGUAAAUAUUGGAACAUUUACGCGCCCUCCUUAUGAUCUAAGAGUAUGGCCUUCGUCUACCAGUUCUAAGGGAACGUAUGAAACUUUCAAGGUUACUGUUGAAAACUCUGGUGUUAGUCAAUGGCACGAAGGCUGCUACAUUCGCUCGGAAGUGAGUGAGUUUUUGUCCCGUAAUCUUGUCUCAGUCCAACCCGUCCAUAGCCAAGCUAGCGGACCAAGAUCCACAUACGGGAUGCGUAAUGUGGCUCCCUUUGGGUCCGUCCGGUCGCAUACCUUUGCCUCCAGCACACCCUGGUCAGUUUGUCGAUUUGUUGAUAUCAGUCAACCAACCACCAUCUGCUAUAUUGAACCCCAGUUCGAAAAAUCUUGUGGGUGCCAUGAGCUUCUGUUCAUCAACAGGUGACGUUUUUGGCGAAACUCUGUACUGUACGGCUAUUCCCGACGUAGUCAAUCAGAUCUGGGCCUAUCAACGUGGGGUGCCGGAUUGCACUGCAACCAAAUUCAGAGAUACACCGAUGGAUGAGACAUGAACUUCGACAGAGUAGAGCACUUCAACGAAAAUGGAAUUCCUUUCACUGUGAUAACAUCGUCUACGUCAAACGCAGAUUCAUCACAACACCUUGACCUCCACUGAUUGAAUCACUCAGUUUCCCGCCAUAUUGACUUAUUUUUUGAUGUUACCUUGAUCAUCUUCUUACUUCCAUCUCCGGUCGAUCACUCCAUUGGACGCCAGUCCCGUGAAGCUUUCGACUCAACACCGGCCUUUCCUGUGAGGUGUGUUAAUCAGCGUGCUGCAUACAGAAGUCGAGCAGCUGCAGACUGCAAACCUUACCACUAAUCUCUGGAAGCAUGUCAAGUGUUAAACAAAGUAAACAUGUAUGAUAUUCCAAUCAUCGCGCUUUGAGGUUCUGAUUCGCUUGGAUGGAGUUGAUUGGAGUAAUUUAUUUUGCCAAAUACUUCGUAGUAGGUUUGCUGAUGCUUCCCUGUUACU